CCAGCUCAUGUUUUGAUGCAUAGCAUGCGCAUUCAUCUGGUGAGAUGAAGAGACUGAAGGGUGGUAAGGCAAAGGGUAACGCUCAUGUAGAGUCGCUUGUUCUGAAUCUGAAAUGAUGAUGCGUGUCACUUCUACCCAGCUCUACUGAUGGAUCCUCCGGGACGUACAUAUGGGCUGUCGCCUGUUCAAAGCACCUCAAAGUUCACCUCUCGCCCUGGGCUGUAUUUCGAGUUCCACUCUGCAACGCCUGCCGCGAACGUCUCGUUCAUGAGACUCUCAAUCUCAAAAGCUGUCUCAGCUGGCUUGAAUCGAUAGCCUUGAAUAGUAACCUGGGCCUCUUCGAGGAUCGUUUCGGCCGCAAUAUCGCUACAAACAUAAUGAUCAACGAAUCCCGUCAUGGGAGGUGAUAGACUGACUCUGCCAAUUUUGUUACCAGCUGUCGAUGGUCAUCACCUUCACUCUUCAGAAUCACCAACAUCCUGUUCAGACGACGUUGACAACGGAUAAGCUGGAAAUGAUGAAGAUUGCGUAUAGUCACGUUGGUGACGAUCAUAUCCUUGGCCCCACAGAACACUGAACGGUAGAGCGAUGCGCUAUGGUAUGGCUGGUCAUAGCUCCUCGCCGUUACAGCCAGCUGGUCCUCAAAGUCCUCAUAGUCUUCACAGUCCAAUUCGACGGUGAAAGAUCGAGCAAGUUGUUUGAAGUUUCGUAUGUGCUUGUAGCGGCUACUGCCCGUGAAAAUCGUUCCGGGUGGGGCCACUCGUGGAGAGAGUCGCAGAACUGGCUUUUCGUGUGCGUUGCUUUCGUGGGGUCGCCAAAAGAAGAGGUGGGGAGGCUCUUCCCGGGUCCCGAGGGGUCUUUUGAGAAGAGCCUUGAGAGCGGUGAUGCACUUUACGAACGCUUCAGCGUCCAUAAUUUCCACCCUUCGCACCAUGCUCAGCCAGACCAAGCGCCUCGCCACUGCACUCUUCUUCUCUAACCGACGACCGUCGUUCUGCCAUCCUUUCACUUCGCCCUUCUUCAUCUUUCCAUCCGCCAGCCCGUAAAAGAACUUUUCGGUAUUUCCCUCGUGGAGGGUGACGCGCUUGUAGAGGUAGGGCGAAACACUGUUGAGCAUGUCGGUACAGGUGUACAUGAGAUGGAACGCGAGAAAGGUGUCGGACUGGGCCAGGACGAGGAGGUGAUCGAGGAUCAGCUGGCAGAUCUCUGGGGGGAAGAUGGUGGCGAGAUUGAGGCCCUGGUCAGCAUGUGGAGCGACUGCAGGCUGUCGAGUGCGUGGCAUGGUGGGUAGUGGGUGAGUACAGACAGAGAUGGAAAGACGAGAAAG